GUACUUCACCAACAUGCAGGAGCGAGCGCCCCGCAUCGAGCGCGCCGCCCUGGACGGCACGGAGAGGGAGGUGCUCUUCACAACAGGGCUGCUCCGGCCCGUGGCCCUGGUGGUGGACAACAAGCUCGGGAAGCUCUUCUGGGUGGAUGCGGACCUGAAGCGCAUUGAGAGCUGUGACUUGUCAGGUGCUAACCGUGUGACCCUGGAGGACUCCAACAUUCUUCAGCCAAUGGGACUCACUGUGCUGGGGAAUCACUUGUAUUGGAUUGAUCGGCAACAGCAGAUGAUUGAGAGGGUGGAGAAGAUCAAUGGGUACAAAAGGACUAGGAUUCAAGGCCGAAUUGCUCACCUAACAGGCAUUCAUGCUGUGGAAGAGCUUGAUAUGGAGGAAUUCUCUGUGCAUCCAUGCUCCCGUGACAAUGGUGGGUGUUCACACAUCUGUAUUGCCAAAGGGGAUGGGACUCCAAGAUGUUCAUGCCCUGAGCACCUUGUGCUUCUGCAGAAUCUCUUAACGUGUGGAGAGCCCCCAACGUGUUCCCCAGACCAGUUCACCUGUGCCACUGGAGAGAUUGACUGCAUCCCGAUGGCGUGGCGCUGCGACGGCUUCCCAGAGUGUGAUGACCAGAGUGAUGAAGACAGUUGCCCCAUAUGCUCUGCCUCUCAGUUCCAGUGUGAGAAGGGACAGUGCAUUGAUGCACACCUGCGGUGUAAUGGAGAAAUUGACUGCCAGGAUAAAUCUGAUGAAGCAGACUGUGAUACAAUCUGUCUACCCCACCAGUUCCGGUGUGCGAGCGGGCAGUGCAUCCUCCUGAAGCAGCAGUGUGACUCCUUCCCAGACUGCCUCGACGGCUCUGAUGAGCUUGUGUGUGAAAAAUCCAAGCCAGCCUCAGAUGAAUCGCAGCCCCACAGUAGUGCCAUCGGUCCUGUCAUUGGCAUAAUACUGUCACUGUUUGUCAUGGGGGGAAUGUACUUCGUGUGCCAGCGAGUGGUGUGCCAGCGCUAUGCUGGCCCCAACAGUCCUUUCCCACAUGAGUAUGUCAGUGGCACCCCUCACGUGCCUCUGAAUUUUAUUGCUCCAGGAAGUUCCCAGCAUGGCACUUUUACUGGCAUCUCUUGUGGCAAGUCCAUGAUUAGCUCCAUGAGUCUCAUGGGAGGAAGCAGUGGUGCCCCCUUAUAUGACAGAAACCAUGUUACUGGAGCCUCUUCAAGUAGCUCAUCCAGCACUAAAGCCACUUUCUACCCACAGAUCUUGAACCCACCUCCUUCCCCAGCUACUGAUCGCUCCCUGUAUAAUGCAGAGAUGUUUUAUUCCUCAAACAUUCCUUCAACCACAAGAUCUUACAGGCCGUACCUGAUACGAGGGAUAGCUCCGCCCACAACCCCCUGCAGCACGGAUGUUUGUGACAGUGACUACACCACCAGUCGAUGGAAGGCCAACAAGUACUACAUAGAUUUAAACUCGGACUCAGACCCCUACCCCCCGCCCCCCACGCCUCGCAGCCAUACCUGUCUGCGGAAGAGAGCUGCCCUCCGUCUCCUGCCACGGAGCGAAGCUACUUCCACCUCUACCCCCCCCCACCCUCUCCUUGUACAGACUCCUCAUGACCUCAACAGAAGGACCUUUUCCUGUAAAUAUUUUAAAAUAUGAACAGAUUUUAAAAUAUAUUUUAUGAUUUAAAAAUAAAUCGGGGUGGGAAUUAAAGAAAAAAAAGAAAUGUGAAAAAAAAUGGGUGGGAGGGAUGGGACUGUGUGAAAUUGUACAGAGGAAGAAUAUUUAUAAAAUUGAUUUUUUUUAACUUAA